AUGUCCCUUUCUAAGAAACCGUUGUCACCCGGAUCGUCCACGAAGGGUUCGAAAGAGCAGAAACAAAUCACAGUCGACAGCCGAGAAGAUCAUACAAGACCGUUGAAAGAAAUGAGCUGCUUAGCCGAAGAAAGAAUGAACUGGACAAACAGACUCAUGAAGAGUCUUCACAAAAGCAAAAGCAAAGCUGAGAGGUCAUGUUUCGAAGGAUUGAUAUUUUUGGUUGAAAAGUUGAAAGUGUUCUCUCAAGAGUCCGCGGCGAAGAUCGUAGAAUUAACGCAUUUCAAUGUCAUGUUGACCAACAACACAGGUCAAGCCAUGGUGGUUGAUGGAAUGUUGGAAUUGAGCGCGCUCAUGGAGGGCGUUUAA